AUGGCUGGAUCAAAUUUAAUUAGACAAUUAAAUUCAAGCAAAAAUGAUUGGAAAAUCAAAGUACGUGUUUCUCGCCUGUUUGACGUACUGAAUUUUCGCAAACAAGAUAGCUUAAUAAGUUUGGAUAUGGUCCUAUUGGACGAGGAGGGUGAUUACAUUCACGCCUCAAUCAAAUCCAACUUUGUUCAACCCUUUCGUCCGAAAUUGAUUGAAGGAAAAGUUUACACCAUUAGAUACUUUUCAGUCGUUCCAAAUAAGAAUCAAUAUCGCAUUUGUUGUAUUUUUAUGUUAGACGUAGUAGGUAUGGUUGUAAACGAAAUUGGUGAUUCUAUCGAAAUAGAAGAUAAAUGGGGAAAACGAGCUCAAAUUAAGCUUUGGAAUAAAGUUUUUACUGAGUAUACAAAACAGAAAAACCAACUCAAUGAUUUCACUAAACCUUUUCCUAUUAUAAUAACGUCAACGAUGGUGAAAGAGUUUAAUGGUAAUUUUAAUCUAACCUCUUCGUCAUCGACCAAAAUCUAUACAAAUGUAGAAGUUCCAGAGGUUCAGUUCUUAAAAGAUAUUUGUGAAAAAACAGAAAAUAGUACUAUUGGAAAACUUGAGAUACAAUGUACUUCUACGGACUCACAAGAAAUUAUCUCCAAGAAGAUUGAUAUCUCAACUCUUAUGAAUCACAUCCAAAAAACUGUUGAAAAUGAUUUAAUAUUCUACUGUAAGGCUAAAGUGACUGAUAUUAUGGGUGAGAAUGGUUGGUAUUAUAUCUCAUGUCCGGUUUGUAAAAGACGAGUCACUCCAAGAUUGGCGGAUUUUUUAUGCAUCCUUUGCGAAAAAUCAAUUGAAAGACCAAUACCAAGGUAUCGUUUGGAGCUUGGUGUUGAAGAUCAUAGUGGUUCGACCAUAUUUGUUAUAUUUGAUGAAGAAGCUAAGAAGUUAAUUGGUCAAGAUGGGAGUACUGUUUUUGAAGCUCAUAUAUAUGAAAAGGCUAAUAACAAAGAUGAUGCUAGCGAUAAUGACGCAGAAUCAGAAAUACCAAUGAUAAUUAAAAAUAUCAUUGGGAAAGAAUUGAUUUUUAAAGUUAAAAUCACUGCAUAUAAUCGUAAAACAUUGCGACAAACCUUCACUGUGAUGAAAAUUUUUGAAACAAUUAUCCUUGAGGAUGACAAAGAAGCUACAACAAAUAAAGAUGAAGAUACAAGUAAGGAUGAUGGAAAACGGACUCAUAAUGAAUCUGAUAGUAAAGAUGAUAAAGAUUCAAGCAACAACACAUUUAAAAAAUCAAAGGCUUAA